UUGCCCAUAGCACCAAAGAAGAUAGUCACGGUUUGUUGCCGUGACCGGUGAUACAGACUGAUGUGUAACCUGUGGACUUCCCUCCCAGACAAAUAUGGCGGAUUUACCUGCUCCAUUACGGGUCUCGCCUCUUAUAAGGUUUGGCAGAUGGAGUUUCCUCGCAGCUGGCAUUGCGUGGGGAGCCAUUCGACAUAGAUCCCUGUCUAAGAAGGAAAAUGCAUUACGAGAGAUUGAAGCGAAGCAGAAACCAAUUCGUGAUGCCAAAUUAGCAGCAGAAAAGAAGAGAUUAGCUAAAGAGGAGCUGGACUACCUAGCCAGACAAGCAGGAGCCCCACCUGAGCCAUGAUCAGUUCUUCUGUUGCAUUCAUGUAUAGUAACUUUACUCCCAUUUCUGUAUAGAAUAUAAAUGUAUUUCAAAGUGUGAAAUAUAAAUGUCAUUAAUUUGUUUCACAGUGUGAAGCUGCAAUAAAGUUCAUAUUUCUAGAUGGCUUUAACGGCCGCACUUA